AUGUCUUUGACGCUUAAAUUAUCCUCGUUGGCAAUUCGCACUUUCUCGAAGCCGAUUGCAACCCAAAUCAAAGCUCAGGCUCGCGAGCAUGAACGAUUCCGCCGUUUAUGCGUCUCAAUGGCGCAGGCCCUCCAUCGAUUCGACAUGCGCCUCCGACUAGGCACGUUACGGGAUGAUACAGCCGCACAAAAACUGGCCAACGCCGAAAAGGAGGUCCGAAAACACAAGUCCACCCACCCUACCGUCAAAACGCAGGCCGAGACGAAGGCUGAAGAGGAGGCGGACGUAAAAGCAAAGGCGGCGGCCGAGGAAGCAGCGAAACCGCGCAAAUAUCACAUUCGACCCCUGUCCGAGUCCAAAGCCAUCGAGUCUGGCGCCAACUUCAUCAGCGAGACAUUCCUCUUCCUCGUUGCGGGUGGAUUGAUCGUCUUUGAGUCGUGGCGAUCGCGCCGGAAGGAGAGCAAUCGGAGAGAAGGCGUGGAGGAUCGGCUGAACGAGCUGGAGGAGUCUGAGAAGGCGGCCCGAGAGGCGCUGGUUGCAUUGGAGAAGGAGCUCCUUCAGCUCAGAGCCAAGCAUGGAGAUCUUCCCAAGUCAACACACCGGAUCCUGCCUCGGCAAAUAUGGGAUGUGGAAGAACAGACCGACGAGCCACCCGUUGAGGAGGACUGGUUCUCUCGCAUCACCUCAUACUUCUCCUUUGGCCAGGGUGAGAAAAGUCCGGCGCCUGAGCCUGCUCCAGCGGCACCCUCGACCGACUCGAAGUCUCCUUCAGUGUCUUCCAAGACGAAAUCCAAGACUACAUGGGAUCUUCGAUUCCACCUCAUCCACCCAUCUACCACGGCCAGACUCGAUGUUCUGCUUGUGUCAUCAGCCUGUCUCGCAUCCCUGAGAGAAUCAACCCUCGCCCGGAUCGGCACGUUCAUCUCUAAAACCACUGUCCCCGCCGCAGUGAUCGUCUUCUUGUUCCCAGAAGAUUGCGACUAUUCGGUGGAUGGCUUCUUGACUCUACAAUUACAUCUGGCACAGUAUCUGCCCACGGUUAUUCCAUUGAUUCCUGUUCACAAUUCCUCGCAGCUGGUGGAGUGCAUCAGGGCAUACAUGGAGAGCAUGAUGACCUCCCGCUCGCUGCCUCUGCCGAAUGUCGACGCGCUUGCCGUCCUGCCUUCGAUGGCCCAUAACCACUUUCGCGCCGACGAGCCCAACACCGACGGCAUCUGGAAUAUCUUGUUCCCCUCCCUUCGCAGCCUCAGUCAGGCGGCCAGGACUGAACAGGGCAUGGCUCUCCUCGACGCGUACUUCGGGGCAGAGGGGGCUAAUGAGAUUGCGGAUUUUCUGUAUCGGGACCAGGAGAUGGCAUGA